AUGCGGAUCGUAAUGGCGGAAGCUCAACGACUACACACUUUGGCUAAUUCUCCGCCAACGAUUGAGAAUACUCAUCGAAGGGACGAGAGCGCAGAGUCUCAGCCGGCACCCUCAGCCAAAAGACGGAAAAGGGACGAAGUCGAGAGAAUUCGUGUCAGUCGAGCUUGUGAUCGUUGCAAGAGGAAGAAGACAAGAUGCAGCGGAAAUCAACCUUGCAAUCUCUGUAGCUCUGCUGGUUUGAUCUGUGAGUUCACGGCAGCCUAUCGUCGUGGGAAAAUACCUCCUAUUACUAAGGAGAAAGAGCAUCCUGAUUACCAGGGAGGUAUACCUGAAAAUGUAGGAAGUUCUGCCGACAUUGAACAUGGACACGUGAUUGAAGUACCCAAAUCGUUCCCUAAUUAUCACAAUGCGUUUCAUAGUCCAUUGAAUGAAGAAUUUGCUGCUAUACCCCACGAUGUAGCUGUAGCUGCAUCAACAUUGGCACGACUCCAGCCCACCAUUGGUGAGAGCUCUAAUGAAAAUUCAAGAAUGCAAUCUUCUCGAAACUCACCAGAGCCUCCGCAAACAGACUUGCAAGGACAUUACGUGGGUCCUUCUUCUGGGGCAUCAUUUCUCCUGCGAGUACAGAAAAAGUUACACCGGGAAGUUGCUCUUUCCCAGACUUCAUCAAUAUUCACAUUUGGUGACGCUCCUUUGCCAGAGUUUGACCCCUCCUUUUUUGUUCUUUUCCCCAAAUCGGAUGCCAGAAAUCUUGUUGCAAGGUAUUUUGAUUUUGCGGUGCCGACACAUCGCUUUUUGCAUCGCCCGACUAUUGAGGCAUUGUUAAAUGAGUUUUACGAUAAUUUGGGAACCUUCCAACGGACAAGCGGUGCUAAAGGUCGAACUGCUCUUUUGUUUAUGGUAUUCGCUCAAGCGAAAGAUUACAUGCCGGGCGAUGAUAAAUCAAGUGAUGUUGAUACAAGUUCCCGAUACUUCCACGCCGCUGAUCGUCAACUUACAUCAGAAACCGGAGGGGUACUCUUGACAAGUGUUCAAGCUCGUCUUUGUCAAUGCUUCUAUCUCUUGUCACAAUCGAGGGUCAAUCAUUGUUGGAGCUUGUUUGGGACCACGGCUCAUCUAAUCCUUGCUCUCGGCAUCCAUCGCAAGAAACGUCUGGAGUCUCAAUUCAAUAUGGAUUUGAUUGAGCUAGAAUGUAGAAAGCGAGUAUUUUGGUGUGCAUAUACACUUGACAAUUAUUUAAGUGCAGCUCUUGGAAGACCUCGGACUUUUCACGAUGAUGAUAUAGAUCAAGAACUCCCGAGCUGUAUCAAUGAUUCGGAUCUUACCUCAAGGCAUGUCCACAUUAACAAGUCUAAGGCACAAUCAAUUAUGAUGGCACCCAUAGCUCAUGGAAUGUUGUCCCAGAUAAUCAGUCACAUUCUCCGCGAUAUCUACUCCAUCCGUCCACCGUCAUCCACUGCUCGUCUCUCUCUUGCAGAUAAAUACUGCAAAGAUCUUCAUGACUGGCGUGCGAAAAUUUCCGGGUUCCUGGAUGCCGAGGGUGUAGACUCAUCUCUAUUGAUACCUAUAUUUCAACGUCAACGAAACGUUUUGAAUAUGUCAUACUGGCAUGGACUGAUCUUAGUUCAUCGACCCUUCCUAUUGAGAGACUUCGCCAGUCUUCACAAAAGGAAUUCGCAUCAUUCUAAAGGGACUUCAACCAACACUCCUACGGACCAGAAUGUAAUCAGUUGUUUACAGGCUGCAACCGAAAUUACUAACAUAGUUAAUCAUCUAACAGAGUUUACUCAUUAUUUUGCAUUCUGCGCUGUUGUGGUGCUCUAUGUGUACACAAUUCAACACCGUUAUCGCCCUCGAGAAGAGUAUAUCGAGUAUUUUGAAGCUGCUGCUCGCUGUCAUGCACAGAUUUCGUCUAGAGCCAAGAAUGAAUCCUUGGCGCAAAGAUACAGUGUAGUUCUUGAGGAACUCAGACUCGAAGCUAUUACAGACCACCGGGAGCAGAUAAAAAGCUAUGGAUCUCAAAUCACCCAGACCGCGAAUUUCUCCCACCCAAAUCGCAUUACUGUGCCGAGUGAGGUUCCUGGGCUAGUGAAUGGCGGUAUCGCAACAGCAGGUUCAAUCGAUGGCGCUGACGGCGACUAUAUUGAGUCUAGUCCUUCUGUAAAUAUAGAUCCUCUCACAAGCUGGGGCGAAUUUGAUUCUCUGGUUACUGGUGGAGUAGGUGGCUUGGAUUUUAUUUUUGCAGGAGAACAAAAUGAUCAAUGGAAUAUGGGAAUGACUAACAACUCCGGUUAUUGA